UACUGUGUCUAAAGCAAAUUUGUUGUAUUUUAAGGUGUGUUUUUCCUACCAUCAUAAUGUCAAGGGUCACGUCUCAGUUUCUGAUCUCAUUUAGACUGAAUAACUCAGGAUUAAAUCUCUGGACCAUGUCAGAAUGGUGUAAAUGAGGACAGAACCAAACUCAGUGUUUAUUUGUUUCGUGUUUACCUGGCUCUUCUGUGAAAGGGACUAACUUUGUGUCACCCAUUGCAUUUAAUGAUGCAAAGAACAAGGGAAGGGAGAGGGAUGUUUAGAAAAGGUCCAAAAAGAACCAUGCUGUUGAAGGGUUUCAAGGCUGCAGGUUGUCAGACAUUGUGUAGCUCCUGCUUGUGCAGCCAGGCUGGUAGUAGGCUUGGAUUGUCUGUUCCUCACUAGUUCCUCGCUGUUCCUCAGGCGCAGGAGCCAAGUGGAACCAUUCCUAUGGAGCAAAGCCACUUCCACUGAGUCAACAGAAAUCUUUCCACUGACUUAAAGAAGAGCUGGAUCGGACUUUACUAGGGAAAAUGUUGACAGUAUCAGAUAUCGUUUACUUUUCAUUUAGAAAGAUUAAGGGAAAAAAUAAGGUAGUAAAUGAACCUAUUAUUAGCACAGGAAUAAAGCCAGGAUUUCUUUUGAGGCUUUCUCAAAUUCUGUGAUAUCACUGUCUCCUAAAGACUGAGCAUCAUUUUGUGAAGUGCUGCUAAAAUAUUUAUUAGUUUGUUAAAGCUGGUUGUUAAACACAGAGGUAGAUUUUGCCAAUUUUCAUCACAGGCCUAAAUGUAUAUUUUUUUAGGAUUUAUUUUUUCAGUGUACUCCACAGAAAUAAAUUAGAAUCUGGGUGGGGUUUGUGGUUUGGUUUUUAGGUUGCUUUUUUUUUGCUUGGGUGGUUUUUUUUUCCCUAAUCCAUCAGUAGUUACUGUAGGAUUUAAAACUCCUGAAGUAUUUUUUCUCUUGGCAGAUAUUUAUUGUACACUGGCAAUCAGGCAGUACAGUGCAUAAUGUGAAAGAAUUUAUCUGAAUCCAGACUGUUUGGUUUUAAUAAGCUGUAGAAGUAAGAAGAAAAUAUUGAAUAUUUCUUCCAAGUCGUGUUUGCUUCUUUUUUAUGGAGCCAGUCACAAAUGUUCACCAUGAGCAGUUAACUCUUUUUUUUUAAUGACAGAAUGAACUAAAUCUUAUUAGUAUUAGUACGAAUAAAAAAUGGACAAUUAAGUCCUUUCUCUAGCUUUGAAAGUCCCAAGAAAAAGUAGGAAGAUUAUGAAAAUAAGAAAUAAGCCAAGUUCACUAAUGGUAGAAGCAAAUUAAACUUUCACUCAGCUAACGGGCAUCAUUUUCCACUCUUGGUAAGUUGAUUUUUAGACCAAGAACAAAGAGUUAAGUUACAUAUAUUUUCUUUAAUCCAUUAACUAUGUGGCUUGCUGCACACAGACCUGCAGGAAUUCAGACUUCCUGCUACAGUUAUCUUCAGAAUGAAGAGAAAUUCACCUGAAUUUUCCCAUUCACGACCACAGAGGCAGCAAGAAUCUAAGAUAGAAGGGAUCAAAACAAUAGGAAUUAUCUCAACCCCAAUUGUUUGGCCAGUGAAGCAAAGACCCCUGCAUUUCAGUAAAAAUUCAUCAGAUGAUAACCCAGAGAGAAAAAACCCAUACAGCCUCUUCCUUCCAACUUUGUCCACACCAGCUUCUUCUGAGGAGAAUGGCAACAAAACCUUGUCUGCUUAUACAGAAAACACCAACCUUGAUUAUACUGUAAUGGAUCAGUUGCCAAAUGAAAAUAUUUUGAAUUAUUCUAGAAGUUCAUUCCGUGGUACUUCUGGUGCAGCAGAUGCAGUUACAGAGCCCCCUGUGAGUGCAGCAGUUCCUCUUCUUCACAGCAGAAAUCCCAGUGCAGAGCUAGCAAGGACUUUGGCAAGUAGGCUCCAUCUUUCUGACUCUGAGCCAUCGUUCCACUCUCCUGUUAGCAGCAGCAGCAGCAGCACUGUUUAUGAACAUGAAGAAGAAACUCUCUGGAUUUCAUCCUCCAACAGCGACACAACCAAUUUCGUGCAUACAAGCAAUGUCUUGGAGCCUGUGAACUGGUGGAAUGAGCCUGUAUUUCACCAUCGUAUCACCUCUGAUACUCAAGAAGACAGACAUCAUUUUCUUUCUGGCUUUUCUGUACCACCUACAGGUGAGAAGCCACCAUUCCAAAAAAGUAGGUUAGAUUUGCUAGACUUGGCACCUGACAAUUUUUACCUGGAAAUGAUAGAAGGCAAUGCUGACAGGAAAACGUUUUCUACAUUAUCAGCAAACAGUGAAUUUCAGUUUAGAAAAUCUGUGCACAUUAAGGACCAUCACUCAGGAGGCAUUACAAAUUUAACCUCUGUGGAAAUUCUACAUGCGAAACCAACAAGUUUUUUUCAGAACAUGAAAAAAUCAUACACAAAAUUUAUGCAUGGCAGCCAACUGACAAAUUCAGUCCAACGACACAGUAAAGAACUAUUAACAUUUUCAUCAUUUCUGGUAGAACCAGGCUGGACAAGCUCAGCAUUUAAGCAUGUUGUAACAACCCUGCCUGUUUAUCAACAGCUGUUGACUGACACAUAUUUGAAAAGUGACAGCAUAUUUAUAUCUAGUAGUAAUUACUGGUCUCAUUAUUUACAGCAUUCAUUAUACUUUCAAAAUCCAAGUGAGACCCUUAGAAAUGGAGCACUGGAGAACAAUUUGGAUGCAUUUCAUGAUAGUAAUGAAAAUGAAGAAUCAUCAUUUUCCAUAUUCGAGCCAGAGAACAUGAAUCCAGUUGCUGACUCCUGGGACUCAGAUUACUCGGAUUUUCCAACAAAAUCUGUAGAUAUAUCCCCCUCUUUAAGAGCAAGUUUCUGGACUGUUUCGCAUCAUUUGAAAGAAGCAUCUCAAGUGUUUUCUGGGGAGCCAUCAGAAAAUUUUUGGCUCUCAUUUAAUAAACUGCUUUCUUCCCCAACAGAGAGUUUGCUGUCCAUUAGUUUAUAUGCUAACUCUGACAGUAUCUCUGAACAAACAUCUGCCAUUAGAUUUGUAGGUCACAGAGCUGAAGAAAGUAAUUUUUCUAGUCAUUUAUCAACUUUGGAAACACAAAUCUUUAGUUCAUUAAUUCCAGGCAUUUCAAAGAGAAUUUCAGAAAGUAAUUUCUGGUCAAUAUCACAAUUGCAGUCAACAAUGAGCUUUGCAAACCUAACUGUGACUUCCCACAGUGAAUUUUAUUUUGAUUUUCCUUCCCUGGAAGCACCUUUCAUUCAGUCCUCUGUAUGGGAACAGGUAAGCCCUUUUGAUCAGGUGCUUGAAAACUCUGCAGAUAGUUUGCCCAUGCAAAUUCAAACUGACAUAGUAAGUGAUCAAACUGGCAUGGCUUUCCUAAACAAUAGGCAUCAGCCUGUUUCUGUUUUUCCAACACACUCAGGAACUCAGCCUUCUUGUUCAAGGGAUAGCCGAGCUCCUUUCUUGAUCAGUACAUCUGGGGCUGAGGUUACUUGGAGAGUUAAAAGUUUGACAAGCAGUGCAAGAACACACAAAACACAGCAGUCUCAAAGUCUUCUGGAGAAUGAUACUAUAACAAAUACCAUUGAUAAACCAAGAAGUAAAGUUCAGAAAGAUGCAGGUAUUUUUUUAAAAAGCAUCAGUUCAACAAGUUCUGACUUUUUUCCAGUGUCUUUGGAAUUACAGCAAUUUCUUCAUUCAGAAUCGGAAUUCAGAGACAGUGUAACUCCUAACACCUAUUCUACACCUCCACUCCCACAAAGUUUUCAGAAUCAUCUUGAUACAAUUACUCCAAGCUUGCUCCCUCAGUGGGAUGUAGAAGAGUUAAACUUGCCAACAACAGAAGCACCAAGAAAUUAUCUAACUGUUUUAGGACAAAACUCCGUUGAAAAUCAAGCGGACGGUCCAAGAUACUCUCUCUGGGCAGUGGAAAAAGAAAUCAUUGACAAUGAUAAAGACAUAAGGGAUUUUGCUGUUCUGACAUCAACAAAUAUACCGAGGCUUUCUGAGUGGAAUUCAGUGGGGGAGGUGUACAGACCCUUCAGCAGGAGCAGAGAAGCAAUAUCUACCAGUACUGCUAAUGCCUUGGAUUUUGAAAAUGCUGAUUAUGGACAUCUUGCAAAUCUCUCUUCUGUCCUGGAAUCAUCAAGAACUGCAAUAAUGAGUGAUGUGGUGCCUCUACCAUCUUCCUAUAGCAGAGUUUUUAUGCAGCACAAAGAGACCAUCUUGACAGGCACUCUGACAACAGCUGCAGCAGCCAUCCAUCACUCUCUCGUGCAGAUCCAAACAUCAAUUUCUUCUGUGACGUACCAUGAGUCAUCAGUUUCAGCCCAUGUUUAUUCCUUGGCCAAUUUACCAUCUGGGACAAGCCAGAACAGCACCUCUUACCCACCACUGAAACAACUUACUAGCUCUGCUGCAGUCCUUUUGCCUUGUUUGUGUGACUUCUUCACUGAGCUGGGCUGCCUGUGUCGACCUGAGUUCCACUACAGUAUGUCAAGCUGCUAAGUUAGAUGUAGAAAAAACCCCAGAUCAUCUUAUCUGUUAGAUAUUCAGUUGGUAGACUGAAUGUAGAUGUAGCUGUCUUUCGUCCUUUAGAUGUAGGACCAUUUAGCAUAGGAAAAUGUUUAGGAAUAAUAGUAUAAUUACAGUAGAAGGGAAUUUGUAACAUAUUAGUGAUAGUAGAUGUCAUUAAUGUGUGAUUUCUCUUAUUUGUGUGCUUUUCUAAGACAGCUCUCAAGAGACUGUGAGAAUAAUAUACUGGUUUCCAUGUAUUUUAUAUGAUUAAAUGACAAUUUAUUGUUUGAGAGUAUAUGAAUGUUUUUUACUGACUUAUUUUUGAGGAUUUGAUUUUCUUCAAAAAUGGAAGGUUUUUCAAAACUCAGUGUUUGAAUAAUAAAACUCAGCGUUUCCCUAACAUAAUUUUUAAAAAUACUCACAUUUGAUUCAUCAUUCUAUUUUUGUAGUUGGUGGUGGGUGUAGGGAGCAUUGUUUUCAAGGCUGUUUUUUCCUUUUUUUUCAGAUUUUCUCUGGCUAUACAUUUCACCAAUUUUAUAAACUUUUUUUUCUUUUCAUUCAGCAUUUUGA